AUGGAGGCGGGCAGCUAUGCCGUCAAACUUAUCCGCAAGAUCCAAAAUGAGGAUAUACACUCGAUCAGCCCGCGACAGGACGUCACCGACGCCUUCAACGAGCAUGUCCAGGAAUGGACCAAGCAUACUAUCUGGGCAGACCGCUGCCGGAGCUGGUACAAGGACUACAAGACUGGACGGGUGAAUGCAAUCUGGCCGGGCAGCUCGGAGCAUUUCAUCGAGCUGAUGAAGCAACCCCGGUUCGAAGACUACACAAUCACCUAUCGGAAGAAGAACAUGUGGAGUUUCCUAGGGCUGGGAAAUGUUCCUGCGAAUAUGACAGAGGGAGUUGAUCGAAGUCCGUAUCUCUCUGUGGAUGCGAUUGAUCCUCGCUGGCUGGCAGCGAUCAACAGGGAGCGACAGGACUAA